AUGUCAUCAAGACACCACCUUCACCAGAAACAUGUCCUGCAGAUUGUGUGUGCAUUGGAGACCAUCGUCCUACGCACCUUUGGACCCGAGGGAGGUCAGGUGCUAUUCACACGAGACAACGGACAUGCAAUGUUGAGCCGCAGUGGCACAUGCAUUCUCACGGCGCUACGACUUGAGCACCCGCUUGCUAGGAUGAUUGUUGAGUGCGUCUGGAAGCACAGCAGGAAAACAGGGGAUGGAUCCAAAUCAUUCAUCCUUCUUCUGGCAUCUUUGUUACGAGCCAUUUACACCACAGCAUCUAAAGAGUCCAAAGAAUCUAAUGUCUUUCAAACAAGGGAAGCAGCAGAGUCCGCCACUGCCAAACGAUUCUCAGAACAAUUGGUGGCUUUUGCACUGGAGAAGUUGGAGGAUGUUAUUGCUGUUGCUGUGGAACCUAAUGGAUUGUGUCUGUCAGUUGAGGAUUUAACAGCAAGCAACCAAUUGGCAUCUGAAUUGAAUGUUAAAAAGUUACUUGUGUCUUUCUUUCUAACUCGUUUGGGUUUUGCCAACUGUGACUUAGUAGGCGAGCUCACUUUCAAGCUGCUCGCCAAAUGGAGCUGUAAAAAGGGCAAAGCUUUGAAACCAGACAAAUUUGACAAAAAUGAUGAUAAGUAUGAUUUAUCUCCAAUUCUUCUGUUUCUAAAUGAUCAUUUUCCUGCCCUGCAUACACAGGUGUCUAGCUUUCCUGUUAGUUGCUCACGUUUAAUUGACGGGCAAGUUAUUCACAGGGACUUUGCAACACACUACCAUGGAAAUGGCAAUUAUCCGGGUCCGGCCAAGGCAGUUGUUUUUACGAUACCCCUACAACCCAAAUGGGUAAAUGAAAGGAUCGAGAUGGAAAUCGGUAACGGCAAAAGCAUCGUGAACUUUAGCGCCUGGGCGGAAAGCUCACUGGAGCGUAUAUUUGCCACCCUUCAGACUCUUGGAGUCUCUGUCCUGCUGUCUGCGGUCAAACAGUCUGACGCCUUCCUGACUUUAGCGACACAGGCAGAAAUGGCCGUCGUAGAGUGCAUCAGCAAAGAUGAACUUGCACUCUUUAUUCACCUGAGCAGGACCUCAGCUGUCACAGACUCUCAGGGGAUUCUACCAGAACACGUUGCUUCUUUGGAGUUUUGUAGACCAAUACUUCUGGGAGCCCAUAGGUACGUUCAUGUGGCUUUUCCAGUUUCCAUGGAAGAGCAGCCCUGUAAUAUCGUCAUCUGCGGCUUGGGUGAAGAGCAAACGGAUCAAUAUGCCAGUGCCAUUCAGGAUGUUUUUCGUAUGCUGCAUACAACAUGGGAGCCCCAGGCUGCAACCAUUUCACCGGGCUGCGUCAUACCCGCUGGCGGCACAUUUGAGCUUAUUUUACACCACGCCCUCUUACAACAGCGCCAUUGUCAAACCAUUUCUAAAGACGUACCAGUGGUUUGCAAGCUCUUGGCAAAUGGUUUACUCCAUCUUCCACAACAAAUUCACGCCGACAAUCCAAGACUUGUUUUACAGAUUCAAUCAAAAGUCUGGAGCUUUUAUCAGAAUAUUUUCCAUCAUGAAACCACAUUUAACCAAACGCAUCAUGCCAAGAAAUGUGUUCAAGGAGAGAGAGAACCAAGUAUGUAUUGUUCAUCAUUCAACAGUUUGAAAACAUUAUCAGGACUGGAGUCUGUUUCAUGUAAAUAUCAUCUGAUUUUGGCUGUGCUGCAGUGUGUCAAAAGCCUCCUACGAUUAGACACUGUGUUUCAUAUACCCACAGAAUUGCACCCAAAAUCACCCAAUCCCAUUUACUCCUCUGAGGAUGAAGACUGA